AUGCAAGAAGAAACUGGUUUCCUAAAAACAUUAUGUGCUUGUGUUUGUCAUCUUGAAAUUGAACCUGCUGAGUUUGAAGAAAGGUGGAACAAGACAAGGAACAAGUGGAUUCCGGUGUAUUUCAGAGAUGUGUUCCUUGGAGGAAUAAUGCGUACAACAUCAAGAUCCAAAAGCGAAAACAACUUUUCCUGCUCCUUUAUCAAUCCUCAAGUGUCACUUGUUGAGUUUUACUUGAGAUAUGAAGCUGCAAUUGAUGCCCAGAGACACACUCAAGAUCAGAAUUAUAACGAUUCAAAGCACAAAUACCACGAGUGCAAAACACCACUAGGGAUAGAAAAGCAUGCCUCACAUUUAUAUACUAACUCUGUCUUUUAUGAAUUUCAAUAUGAGGUUGAAAUUGCUUGUUUUUCUUGUGGUGUUGAUGAAUUGAAGAAAGAAAAUGGAUUGGAAGUUGCAAAAGUAAGUGAAGGAAAUCGGAUUAGAACAUUUGAUGUUGUGCUUAAUCCAACUAACUAUGACACCACAUGUUCUUGCAAGCUAUUUUAUAGACAAGGAAUUCCAUGUAGACAUAUGAUUUGGGUUUGA